GUUUACCUCAAGUAGUCAAGUUUAGUAUAAUAAUUAUCACCUACCAAAUUAUUUCUGUCUUCACUCUUCGUUUUUUCAAAUGUAAUCUUUAAACUGAAUAGUGAAUACUUCAACCGAAACUGAACGAGUACUUAUAGUCAUGUCGAUGAAACAAUUACCGUCGGAUACUAUUAAACUGAUAAGUAGUACUCAAGUCAUUACGUCGGCGUCGUCGGUGGUGAAGGAGUUAAUGGAAAACUCUAUUGAUGCCAAUGCUACAAUCAUUGAUAUACGUCUGGAUAACUAUGGACUGGACAAGAUUGAAAUACGCGACAACGGGGUUGGCAUUUCACACAGUGACGUGUAUGUCAUGUGUUUGCCUAAUUACACUUCCAAAAUAUUUGAUUUAUCCGAUUUGAAUAAAUUGACUUUCUAUGGAUUUCGAGGUGAAGCUCUUAGUUCCAUUUGUGCUGUAGCCGAUGUGACUAUCAUUACAAAAUCAGAUUUUGAUGAAUAUGCCAAAUCGUUUACCAUGGACAGUAAUGGUCGUGUAAAAAAAAGUUCAAUUUGUCAUCACCAAAAGGGUACAGUUAUCAAAAUAGAAAACCUUUUCAAAAAGUUGCCAGUUCGAAAACAGAUUUAUAGUUCAAAAAAACAUUGUGUUAAUGAUUUACGUAGAGUGGAAAACAUUGUUAAAUCAUUAGCAGCGAUUCAACAAAACAUUCGUGUUUCUUUAGUUCAUAAUAAAUCUGUGUUAUGGCAAAUGACUUCAGCUACUGAUUUGGUUGUGACAUUUGGUCAAAUUUGGUCAUCGUCAAUGACUAAGUGUGUAAAGCACUUAACAUUUACAAGCGAAGAGGUAAAUAUUGAUAUAGUUUUACCCGUACAAAAUAUAAAUGUGCAAAAUUGUUUUUUUACCACAAAUGUUGCUGAUGCAAUUUAUAUAUAUGUAAAUAAAAGACCUGUCAGGGACAGCAAGAUUGAAAAACUUAUUGUUGGAGAAUUCAAUAAUUAUUUCGGACAUUAUUUACCUCCAGGCAAAUACUUGCCAUGUCUUAUAUCUAUAACCAUUCCACCUGAGACUAUUGAUGUAAAUUUGGAACCAGAUAAAUCACGAAUAUUAUUUCAUAAUCAGGAUAUGAUACUACUCAAUCUUAAGAAUUGUAUUGCUAAACAUUAUUAUAAUGAUAAAGUAGAGAAUGAUCAGUCUAAUAUUAAUAAAGUCCUAGAACAUCCAAAUAAUAAAAGAAAAAUACUUUAUGAUUCAGAAGAAGUCCAAGUAAAAAAAUCUCCAAUCUUGAUUUCACAAGUUAAUGAUUCUUUUGUCCCAAAUGCAGAGUCAACUAAAGUAAUGAACAGUGAUUCAUUUAACUCCGUAUCAAAUAAUGACGAGCAUAUACAAAUAGUUAAGGAAUUAAGCUUAGAAGAAAUUGAUUUUGAAGAACCAUUUAUAUCAAAAAAUAAUGAAAGUGAAGAAAUGUCAUGUUUGAAAAAUGACAAAGUGGAAAGUACUGAUGAUAUUUCGGAAUACCGUAAAAAGUUAUCAAACAUAAGAAAUACUUCUCCUCUUCAAACUAUUCAAUCUGAUAAUGCGAAUGUUAGAAAUUUUAUUGCUGAAGAUAUAUCAAUUUCACAAUGGAGUAAGGGUGAUGUAGUUCUGAAUGGAAAACCAUUAGAGAGUGGAGUGGUAUUAAAAUCGGAUGUCUUGACUGAAACCUUAGAAAAAAACAGUAUGCCAAAAAUGAAUACAGAAACUGAAAUUCUUCAUUCUCCAACUGUAUCUCAAAAGGAUGAAAAUAUUAUUGUGAAAAAUACAAAUGAUGAAACCUCAGAAAGUAUUUCAGUAGUUACAUCAAAUAACAGUAUAAAGCAGUUAAAAAUUGAACAUCUUUUUCGUACAGUUUCUAUUCCCGAUGAGCAAGUUCCUGGUCUUAAUCAUUUAGUAAAUCGCCCACAGUCUUGGGUACCUCAACCUAGAUCAAAAAGACCAAUUAGAGAUGUUCCAGAAGAAGAUCUUAGUGACACUAUUCGUAGUGUCAGCAGUCAAAUGGGAAACAAAGAAAUGUCGGGAUUUACACUGUUUGCCAGGGAAAUGAGAAUUAAAAUUAUUCAAGAAAAUCCAGGAAUAGAAUUUACAAAAGUAAGCAAAGAACUUGCAAGAUUAUGGGGAAGUUUGAGUGAGGAUGAAAAAUUAAAUUAUAAAAAAUUGUCAAAUGAACAAAAGAAAGGGAUUGUAACUACUAAAACAAAUGAUGUACAAUUACCAAAAAAACCAUUUCAAGCUAUCGCUAAAAAUCUUGAAAGGCAUUCUACUCAAAUUAAUGUAGAGUUAUCUGAGAUCAAAAGAAAUAUUUUUAAUGAUCAAAAAAUUAUGUCAUCCGAGUUUAUGCUCAUUGGUCAAAUAGAGGACAACAAUUGGUUUUGUUGUGUGCGUAAUGAAAUACAAGCUUUAAAUAUUUGUCGUCUUCAAGAAGCUGUAAUUUAUUUCCAAAAAUUGGCUGAUGAUGAGAUACCACUUAAAAUGUUAGACCAAUCAAUUCUAAUUAAUAAAAAAUAUUUGGGUGAAAAAAAUUAUCGUUUUCUAAUGGAUCUGGAUAAUUCGUAUGAACCAUCACCUGAUAAAUAUACUAUUACAGAUAAAAGAAUAGUUAAAAAUGGUUUUAAUGUUGUUAUUGUAUUCAAUGAUGAUUCUGAUAAUCCUGAUAUAAACAUCACAGAUGUAGCUCUAUAUAUAUCAACAUAUGGUGCCGAGGAAUUUAAACAACUUUUAGAACUUAUGCAAUUGGAAAAAGAAAACAAUGACCUACAUUGUUGCCGUCCAUUGAAAGUAGUUAACUAUCUGCGGAGUGAAACAGUAAGAUACUGCAAAAAAACUGGACUCCCUAAAACAAAAGAAGAAAUUAAUAGCCUAUUGAAGUAUUGGUUCAAAAAUGAAAAGCUAUUUUCACAUAAUACUUGCAUUCAUUAUAAAAAAGUUUUUACAUCGAUACACUGUAUUGAUGAGAAAUCAAAAACAUAA